AUUUUAUAAGAUAGAUGACUGUCUUCGUAAUCUGAUUAUGCAGAUAAUGUUUUACUUUGUUAUAACAUCUGCUCUUUCGUUUACAAAAUUAAUAUUACGGUCUUCUAUGCGAUUUUGUGGCACUCAACAAAGAAAUGAAUUUGGCGAUGUGACGUAAUACCUAGAAACAAUUAUUUUGAUCCAAGUUUUUAAUAAUUUUGUACGAAGCAGUACUUGAAAUGAAAAAAAUUGACAGACUGUUAUUUGGCUUUCUUCACGGCGGAUAAUUUUUAUCCAUAUACAAUUUACAAUUUUUUAAACAAUUGUACGCGAAUGACGGAAAAUUUGAAAAAUGGCUCAAAGUGCUUCUUUAUUAACAAGAAUAAUAGCCUCUUCUAUAUCUGCUUCGGUGCGAGCAGGUAAAAUAAUAAGAGAUGUUAUGAGCCACGGAGGUCUAAAUAUAGUAGAAAAAGGCAAAAAUGAUUUGCAAACCGAAGCCGAUCGUUGUGCUCAAAGGUGUAUUAUUGCUUCGUUAAGUUCUCAAUUUCCAAAUAUUACCAUUAUCGGCGAAGAAGAGUCGAGUGAUUGCGACGUACCGUUAGAUUGGGUUGUAACAGAGGCAGAUCAAGAGGUAUUAAAAUUGGAAUUACCACCUCACUUGGAAAAUGUAGAUCUUAAAGAUAUUUGUAUUUGGGUAGAUCCAUUGGAUGGAACAUCGGAGUAUGUACAGGGUCUUCUGGAACAUGUUACAGUUUUAGUAGGAGUGGCAAUUGGACAAAGAGCGGUUGGAGGUGUAAUUCAUCAGCCCUAUUAUAAAGAUGAUAAAAAUGAUAUAUUAGGACGUACCAUUUGGGGUAUUAAUGGUGUUGGAUUUGGUGGAUUCACCCCAGUUGCACCUCCAGAUGGAAAAAGAAUAAUUACAACUACGCGUUCACAUUCUGACUGUACUGUUCAAGCAGCUAUAAAUGCUUUAUGUCCCGACGAAGUUUUACGUGUCGGCGGCGCAGGUUACAAGGUAAUACUUUUAUUGGAAGGGAAAGCUCAUGCUUAUGUACUUGCUAGUAAAGGUUGCAAAAGAUGGGAUACUUGUGCACCCGAGGCAAUACUUCAUGCCAUUGGUGGUACUUUAACAGACAUUUAUGGAGAGUAUUAUCCAUACAAUUCAGAAACAACACAUGCGAAUCUAAAAGGUAUAUUAGCCACUGCUGCUGGUCAGAACCAUCGAUGGUACAUGAGUCAGAUACCACAGGAAGUGAAAGAAAAAUUAAAACAGUAAUGUAAAUAAUCUGUUUUUCGUAAAAGAUUUAAUAUAUGUUUAUGCACGAUGGCAAAGUAUUCAGAUGACUAGAGUAAAAGUUUCCAGAAUUAUAUUUGAUUGAAGUUUCAAACUCUGCUCAAUCAAAAACGGUUAAAUUAUAUUUAUGAAAAAAGUUCGUCAUAUUUUUAGUUCUUUUAUUAUUUUUCAUGGAUUCUAUUUAGAUUUAAAUCCAGUGACCAUGGAGGCGGAUGUAAUACUUUUCAGCAGUUGUGUAAUAAAUAU